AUGACAAUGGCUGUAAUGGUGAGGUGCUACCUGCUCUGUUUACUAACCCUUGCACUCUGUUAUGCUUGUGGGUUAGUACGGGCUGAUAGUCCUAAAGCUUCUGAGUCCAGUAAUUGUGUUGCUUAUGUUGGAGUUCCUCCUUUUUUUGUUAAGACUGCUUCUUGCGAAGAGGCCCGUAUUGCUAUUAAGGCUUCUGAACCCACAAUACGGCAUUCACCCACACAAGCUAACAUUACACAUGGUGAUCCUGGUGUACAAGGAGGUAAACAUGUCACUACGAAUUCGCAUCAAGAGCAAGAAGUAUCCCAAAGUGAUCACACAAAGGUAACGGGUGAUUCUGAAAAUAAAGGUAGAACAGGAAUUCAGGUUGUUGAGCAAACCUUAAAAGCAGAAGGUACCCCAUCAGGUACUCUAGGACAAAAUAACCCUCUUAGUUCCCCUGAGUCUGCAAAAGGACGGAUUACAAAACCAACAGAAGAGCAUCCCCCUCCACCUUCUCCUGUUUCUGAUAGACAACAGUCAGGUGAGGCCACAUCUGAAUCCACACAAGCAAAUGGAGAGAACCCAAUAGUCUCAGAAUCUGCACCUGAUGGUGACGACCAUAGUAGUCCACACGAGAACACAUCACCACUGCAAGAACAAGAAGGAGAAGGUGCAACCUCUCAUGAUUCACAAGUUGCACCCAACACUGAUGAGUCACAAGGGACAGGGAACAAACAGUCAACAACGACCUCUGACACUACCAAUACACCCAAUACUAAUGAAGAAUCAACCACCACCACUACCACAACACUUCCUCCUGAAUCCACAAAUAACAAGAAGGGUGAUGCAGACAGCAGCAGUAUGAUCAGUUCUGUGUGGGUGCGUGUGGCACUAUUGAUUGUGGUUACACUUGCCUGUAUUCUUGUGUGCUGGUUGUGA